CCGGAAGCACGUGGCCCCCCACCAGCUCGGUUGCCCGGGAGACCGGGGCUGUUUACCAGCGGGACGAGCCUGCGACUGCGGCGGAUGGAGCGGAGAGGCAAGGGGUCUUGAGAAGCAAUGGCCACAGAAGCCCCUGUGAAUAGAGCCCUCCCUGAAUGCAGCCCUGUCGUCAGCACAGCAGCCGACCGCUUCAUUUGGCAGCCAGACUCGCCGAACAUGCACGUCAUAAGGCCCAAAUCCGCCAAGGGACGGACUCGGCCGCGGCUACACAGACCCCAGGACGCGGGGGUGAGCUCUCAUCACACACCCCCUUCUCCGCCUCCAGCCAUUCCCUGUGAGUCGCCAAGCAGCCAGAAGCCAGGAGCCUGUGCGCCCAGGUCCCCAAACCAGGGCGCUCCCGUUGAGGUCCCCGAGCUGCUGCAGCAGGUGCCCAUGGGCGCUUCCUCCUCCCUCAAUAAGUACCCGGUCCUUCCUUCCAUCAACAGGAAGGCCCUGGGGGAGGGGGCCGCGGAAACAGUAGCUGAAAGGGCCGGCUCCCUGCAUCUGAGCAGCAUCCAGGCUCUUUACCAGGAGGAGACCUGCACCAUGGAGACCAGCCAGGAAGACUCCAGAGCUCCAGCUCGUUUCCCGGAGAGGAAGCUCGUCGUCCAAACCAGGAGGCCGAGCUCCCCCGGGGCUGGAGACCUGGAGGAACCAUCCGAUCAAGAGCCGAGGCUGCUGCUGGCCGUCCGAUCCCCGUCAGGCCGCAGGUUCGUGCGCCACUUCCGGCCAACGGAUGACUUACAGACCAUCGUGGCCGUGGCCGAGCACAAGAACAAGGCCACCUACCGACACUGCAGCAUUGAAACGAUGGAGGUGCCCAGGAGACGUUUCUCCGACCUCACCAAGUCUCUGCAGGAGUGCAGGAUCCCGCACAAGUCGGUGCUGGGCAUCUCACAGGGAGACGGGGAGCCGUGGGUCUGAGUCCACAGCCACCCUGCUGGGGUCCCGGGUCUCUGAGCAAGGAGCCUGCGCAGGUGCCAGGGCCUCCCGGGGGCAGGUGGUUCCAAGUGCCACGUGAGCCUGGUGCGGCGAUGAUUCUCGGGACCCUCGUCUUCAGAGCAUCUCCUUUUAAGCAGUGAAAUCUGCACCUGCACCAAGGGCACCGAGAAGAUUCUCUCCUGGUUGUUAAAUUCUCCCCACCCCUGGAGUGAACUGGUCAGCGGCCGGGGCGCUCCCUGCAACAGCUGUGGCCAGGCCUUCUCCCUCCCAGCGUUUUGGGACCUUCCUGGAGCACCUGCUCGCCUUGACAAUGAACUCUCUCUCUCCCCCUCUCUCCCUCUCUCAGCCAAUGGUUUGCCCUUCUGUAUUUGAUGCAGGAUUAAAUACUUGCCAGAGAGGAUUCUAGUCUGGUAAAUAACCAGGGUUCAGGAAACGUCCAACUGGCAUUCGUAUUUCUUGCAAGUAUGUUAAGAAACGGGUGGUGACCCUGUGUUGGAAACAGCCCCUUCGCGGGGCUCAGGUGGCUAGAAUUUCCUGGGGUUUUCAGUUUGUGUGAGGCGGCUGCAGAGGAAGGAUCGGGUCUUUUGCUGGUACCGAUCUCCCGCUGUAUCAAUUGUCUAAACCAGUGGUCGGCAAACUGCGGCUCGCGAGCCACAUGCGGCUCUUUGGCCCCUUGAGCGUGGCCAUGAAGUUUCAAUCGCACUGUACGUGCGCGCCCGCAUGUGGUAUUUUGUGGAAGAGCCACACUCCAGGGGCCGCAGUGUGCCGACCACUGGUCUAAACAGUCCGAGAGUCAGGAAGCAAAUCGCCAGAUUCGCCAGCAGCUACCCUGAAACAGAGACUGACCAGGGUUAACAUCUUUUGGUAGCUGCUCUCUGAGCGCAAAAUUCUUCCAAAACUGAGAAAAGCCAGUGUGAUCUGAUUUUCUUAGUAACGAGUCUUUGGUUUUGUAAUUGUAUAAACCUAUAAGUCUACAGGUUUGUACUAACCACCCCCUCCCUCUGCUUAUCGGGGUGUGGGUACAUUGUUUUAGCCCCCAGUUUCAGUGUCUUACCUUCUGUUUUUAAGUAUAUAUAUAUUUUUUUAUUGAUUUUUUACAGAGAGGAAGGGAAAAGGAUAGAGAGUAAGAAACAUCGAUGAGAGAGAAACAUCAAUCAGCUGCCUUCUGCACACCCCGCACCGGGGAUGUGCUUGCAACCAAGGUACAUGCCCUUGACUGGAAUCGAACCUGGGACCUUUCAGUCUGCAGGCCGAUGCUCUAUCCACUGAGCCAAACCAGUCAGGGCAGUGUCUCGCCUUCUUUAAACACAGAGGCUCCAGUGGUGCCCCUGUUCUCUGACUUAGAAUCCCCCGCAGGGGGUGGGCACCUGGGUUCGGCGUCACAUGCUGUGCCUGUGCCAAGAGACCAUGUGUCCCAGUGUCUGGCUGAUUGGCAUGAAGCACUUCUGACAGCCUUAGCCUGUAGCUGUGUUGAAGCCACAAAGUCUUAUUUUUCCAACCCUGAGUGGUGACAUGGACAGUUUGCCAAAGUUCUCUGGUAUUGCUAGCUUAGCAAGACUCCCACGUGUCAUCUGGGUCCCCUUUAUGGCCAAAUCACUCCUCAGAGCAGGGAAACUUGUCCCUCAGCCC